UGCUUAACAAAGUACAUGAAUAAAUGUAUGGGGAGAAGAGAAUUCAGAAAACUGCAAAAUUGGCCACGAGGUGUAUUAUUCUUUCGAAAAAUCAUGGGUCUUGCCCUACUUCCGGCCACAGAAAUCACACGGGCUUUCGAAGCACUUUUAAUAAAUACGGACGAAGACAUAAGAUGUUAUUUUUCCAAAUUAAUAACAUACUAUCGACGAUGGUGGAUUCAAAGGGUGGGUCCAGGAAAAUUUUCCGUUUACCCCUACAAUAACCGAACAAACAACGCAAUUGAAGCCUAUCAUAGAGUUCUAGGAGUACGGAUGAGCGUUCAUCCAUCCAUAUGGCAGUUCACAGAGAAAUUACGCCAGCUCCAGCAACUGACACAAAAUCAAGUAUUGGCACUUAAUGAGGGGCUAAGCGUUACAAGUCCAACUUUCCAGUCGAAUCUACAGUCCGAUAUCAUCUCCAGAGCAUGGGAAAUGUACGAUCAUGAUCUUCUGGACAAUCUAAAAUUCCUAACAGCGAUAAGUCAUGUCCUGAAAGCCAUCGGAAGGAAGUAUCUCAUUUCGUGUUGCCAAGAUUUGGACAUUUUUCGCAAUGUCCUAACAUUUGAUGAUAUAGUCCACCGCUUCAAUAUUCCUCGUUUAUUUGUAUUGGACGAACCAAUCCAGAUUGAAGGAGAAAAUAUGGUUCUAUUGCGACCGGUGGAUCUUCAUCGAUGUUUAUAUUGCAAAGCUGCCCGAGUUGCAACGUAUGUUUCCCUUCCUUGCUGGCACUGGUUUGCAUGCGCCACAUGUGUUCCAAAAAUUGUAAACCAAAUAAGACGAUACGAUUAUCCUCUUGCAUGCAAUAAUUGCUUCAGAAUUUCUUCCGAAAUUCGGCAAGUGAUUACUGAUGUUCAAUGAGGUACCCUGGUCAUCUACGAGCAAAGUUACAUCAAAGAUCCUGAGAUUUUAUCUGCACCGACACACUAUAAAAUGUAAAAACAGUUAAAAUAUUAUGUUACUUAUUUGGAGAAUUUAUCAGGAUCUGUAAGAUAUUUACAUUUGUUGAAUAAAAAAUAAAAACA